GUGCUCAACAUGAGUUUCCUCCUCCCUGUCUGGUUUAAAUGUCCGUCGCGCGUUCUGCGAUCUUGUGCAGAGGCAUGUCCUAGUUAUCUCGUGGCAAUAUCCUCCAGUGAGGCUCGCCGUUGUGAACAGCUUCACAUAUACUCAUACAACUGCCGUUCUUGAUCUCAGCUUCUAAAUCACGCGAUGCUAAGUUUGUAUUCUUUUCUUUGGUGCGAUAUUACCCAAAGUGCUUCUAUAGAAGAGUACUUUUAUGCAGUUCUGUUCAACACUUCAGCCGUUCUGCGACCUCAAUUGAUCCGCUAUGGCUAAUGAAGCAUUUCCAUCUUAACACCUCAAAUAUUUCCUAUUCUUCGCUCAGCUCUCAACACUAGUAAAGUCAAGUCUACUUCCUUUCACUUUGUUCUCGAACCAUCGUCACCAUGGUCCAAUUCCUCCCUCUCCUCAGCAUCCUCUCUCUAGCUUCCGCUGUACUCCUCUCCCAACGCCAAAAAGCAGCCGCUCAAGUCGUCAAGCUCACCUCGACGGAAAACCUCGCCGUCCGCUCCAAUGGCCAAAUCCUAGCCACCAACAUGCAAAGCCCGAACCUCUACACCGUCGACCCCGUUGCCAAGACAUCCUCCACGGCCAUCGUCCUCACCGGCGCCUCGGGCCUCAGUGGGAUCGGAGAGGUGCUACCCGACGUAUUUGCCGUUAUUGGAGGGAAGGGGAUAUACCGGGUUGAUUUUACGGGGACCACGCCGAAAGAGACGCUCGUGAAGGAGAUUACUGAAGCGAGUAAUCUGAACGGGUUGGCGGUGUUGAACAAUAAUACUGUUUUGGUGGCGGAUGCGGGGAGGGGGGAUGUGUAUCGAUUCGACGUUACGACUGGAGCGUACUCCGUUGCGCUGUCUGAUCCGACGAUGACGCCGUCGGGUAGUAUCCCGUUCGGGAUCGAUGGGAUUAAGUAUCGGGACGGCGUGGUGUGGUAUACGAAUAUCUUCAAGAAUAGCUUCCACAAGGUGCCGGUUGACGCGACGGGGAAGGCGACGGGGGCAGUGACAACGCUGUGGACGAAUCUGAUGGGGGAUGAUCUUUGUUUUGGGCCGAAUGGGAAGAUUUAUGUGGCUACGAAUGGGAAGAAUUCGGUGAUUGAGGUUGAUCCGGCGGUUGGGAAGCCGACUACUGUUGCGACUGUUACGGGGUCGACUUCUUGUGGGUUUGGAAGGGGAAGUGCGGAUAAGGAUGUUAUAUAUAUUGGGGCUAGUCAGGGGAUUUUCCAGACUACUAUUAGUAUGUGAAGUGAAGAAGGUUUUCGAGCACUGUAGCUGCUGAGAGUUGGAUAUCAGCAUGAUCACGUACUCAAAUGGAAGCCGUUCCUCGUCUCAACCCAAGUUUCAGAGAACUUCCAGGAUUCCAACCAUCUUGGGAUCCAGUGUUCAAGUGCUCCUAAAGUAUCUCUCAAUUGGAUAUAGAAAGUCCCA